CUCGCUUUGUGUUUUACUACGGACUAGAGUAUCCAGCGUUACCGUUUUGUUUGACGUAUAUGCGUGGAGUAUGAUUCAGGCAUCAAAAUUAUCAUUAUAGCCAUAUUUUCAAAAUAAAACGAUAAUAUGUUUUAAGUACCCUCGCGCGCUCGUGCUCUCAGAGGGGAACCUGAUCUCGUUGAUUUCCCUCAGGACACAAUUGAUCGUAACACCACGCGUACUGCGCUGUCGUCUUCAAUCAGGAAGAGGAACUGGAUUCAGUCGUUAAAGCCAACUUCAUAUUUGAGUGUAGGUCUUCUUUUGCCUUUAAAAAAGCACCAACUCGGGCUACAAUGACACAUUUAAGACUUCUGCCUCUGGUUUUGACUUUGUGGGCUGUUUCUUUCGCCGAUGACGCGGGCAAUAAGCCCAGCACCACUAAACCUCCCGCACUCAAGAGCGCUUCCAGCAUCAGCGGCAGUAACGUCACAGAAGAGGCUCACAGAAGUAACACCACCGCCAACACAAAAAUGGGCUUCAAUCUGGACGGCGCGAUGGUAAACAGGGCUCUGUAUGUCCUGAUCGGGAUCACUGCCAUCGGAGUUCUGUAUUUCCUGGUGAGAGCAGUCCGUCUGAAGAAAACCGGUGUUCAGAGAAAGAAAUACGGGCUGCUGUCAAACUAUGACGACACGGUGGAAAUGGGCCACCUGGAAAGCGACGAGGACGAUACUACGGUUUAUGAAGCCAGAUCUUUGAGAAGAUGAAUCUCUGGGGGUGAUUCGAUUCCACCGCCAGAAAUCGAAUGUGAUGAAGACAAUCCCAUUAUUUCCACCGGAAUGGUUGUUGAAUGAUUUUGUUGUCAUUUUCUACAGCCCAGUCAGGAUGCUUGGAUGCCUUUUCCCAAGAUUUAAGUGGAAUGUGUAGGUUUAAACUAGAUAUAUUUUGGGCUGAUAUAACCAAAUAGAUCUUCUUGGAAAUUUCUCAGAGGGUCAUACACUUUGUUCUGGAAAGAAAGUCGGCAGAAGUUCAAAACUGUGUUUUGUGCCAAAGUUACUUAUGCAUCAUUUUUAGGGGUUUGAAACUCUUGUCUAAGUUGAUGUGUGUUAAUAUUUAAUAUUGUAAAAGACCGUCCCUCUUUUGCAAUUUAUCAACACUGAAAGGCCUGAAAGUUGUUUGCUAAUUUAUGGGACUAUUAUAUUGUUUGGACUAUCUGAAUUUAUAAUUGUUUUAGGUGUACAGUCAAAUUAUGAUAGGUAUUGUUUUUUUUUUUGUUUUGUUUUUUUUAAAUAUCUUCAUAUUUUUCUUUUUUUUUCUUAGCUUUUUUCUUUUCCUUUCUUGUCUUUUUUCUUUACUAUACUGGGACUAUACUGGGUAUUGAUUUCAGAUGUGAAUUCUGGAAUAAGUGUGAUAAAGUCACAGAUUUUGUUUGUAUAAACAUGCCAAAAACCAGCAUAAGUAAGUGAUGCACUUUGAUUUUUAGGGUUUCGAGACUACAACAGCAAAACCUGGUAUUUCAUGACAUGGCAACACUCCUGACCACUUCAUCAUCGUACCAUUUCAGGGUUUGUUUCAUAAAUCAAAGGAGUUAUACUUUUAGAGACUAAACAUUCCCAUAAGAUUUUGGUUCCAAACGUAGACAUGCUUCAAGCUCAGUUCCGGUUGAGUGUUAACUGAGAUUUUGUGAGACUGUGUUUUUUUUCAUUGGGUGUGAUUCAGGAUUGUGUAAAGGUGGCAAAUGAAUUUGCUGUUAAAACAGCGUGCCAUCUUGAGGUAUAUGGAUCCAAUAUCAGCUUGAACAUUUAAAGGGUGUGUAUGGGGGUGUUGUGGCAUAGUUUUCUUCUAAAUACAUUUACUUGUAUUUUGUAUUUAUUGAUGCUGUCAAAUACUGUCAAACUGAAAUGCAUGAACCGUCACUGUAUCAAUAUUUAAUGUACAUCAUUUCAAUAAUUCCUGAAGUGUGCCUUUCAUUCAUUCCCUUUUUGUAACUUCAAUUAAUUGGAUGUGAUUUGGGCUCUUUUGUAAUUAAAUUCUCUCUUCUAUUUUCA